UAAAAAUUAUAAUAAUAUAUUAUUCUUGUGAAAAUGAUCCUAUCACAGUUAAAAUGUUUAAUGUUCAGCAUUUUGCUUACGUGUUGUUUGUGUUUAAGUGAUAUGACUGAGAACUCUUUUGGCAAAUUUAAAGAAGGGAUCAUUGCUGCAUUUGGAGAUUUCAAUUCAGAUGAACUGACGGAUGCCUUUGUUAUCAAAAAUGGUUCUAGUGUGGAAGUUUAUCUAGCGCACGACAAGGAACCGUUCUUAAGGCCUUCAAUAUUCUCAUGCAAUUUUAGUAAUAUAAUCGUUACAAGUGUAGUGCCUGGAGAUUACGAUGGUGAUGCCUACAUGGACAUUCUUUUGACCACACAGACUGUCAAUACUAGCAAAUCUGAAGUUCAUGAAGUGCGUAUUAUAUGGGGUGGUAUGCCAAGCCUUAAUUGUUCAGAUGCUCUUUUAGUAAAAGCCAUAACAGUUGGGCAGCCCCUAGUGAUGGACUACAAUCGUGAUAUGACACUAGACCUUUUUGGGCUUAACACUCAAAACCAAAGAGUUUUUUGGAUAUUUGAUAAGACAAGGACUACACCAAAAGAGGUACCAAUGGGAGAUACUUUAUUCAAACCUAUAAAACUUCCUCACUCACAUUCUUUUCUUGAUGUCAAUGAUGAUGAUGCUGCUGAUCUCCUAGUGACUACUAAGCUGGAUGUUGAGUUAUGGUUGAGUAAAGAAAAUGAUGGUUUCAGGUUCAACAACAGCAUUGAACUGCUUGUUGGACACCCAACAAUUUAUGGUCAAACACUGUUUCUGGAUGUAGCCCUUUCAGGAGAAUUCUUUUUAGUUAUACCCGUAUGCUAUGACACACAGUGUAUCAACAGUACUAUCCUGAUCUAUGACAAUCGUCAGUGGCAUGAUCUGCAAGUGGACUUCAAUGAUGGCAAGGGGACUGUGUGGCGGUUUGUACCUCCUCGCAAUGAAUUGUAUUUGGAUGUAAUAACAAUGCGAAGUGGAGACUAUAACAUGGAUGGGUACCCUGAUAUUCUCAUGACUCUCAGUCCAGUGAAUAGUAAUGAAACAAGAGCCUUCCUUCUUCACAAUGCUGCCUGCACGUAUGCUGAAUGUAAAUUCCACCGAACAUUUCAAGUCCAAUGGGAUAUUUUCAAUACAUUUGGAAGUGAUAUUGUUAUGGCUACAUUUUACGACUUUUAUAUGGAUGGUGUACUAGAUAUAAUUUACUCAAAGAAAAAUGCUACAACUCAAAAAUACACAAUGCAUGCAUACAGAAAUGAAUUGGAAUAUGAUACAAAUUUCAUAAAAGUCAUUGUUGUCACUGGAUUGACUAAUAAAAAAGUGCCUGUUAUAAAUGGGACUCUGUAUAAUAGAAAAUUAACAUUUGGAACCAACUUGCCAGGCCCCAAAAUAAGUUACAACACAUGGUCACAAGAAGGAACCUACAGGACGGGAGCUUGUGCUCAGUUGUCUCAGUCUGCAUACAAUGCCCUGCAGCUUCCAUAUUCUAUAUUUGGCCUCGACAGAACCCCUAACUUUGUAGACACUUUAAAUGUAGGUCUGUCAGGAUUUUCCAAAAGCUGGACUCAGAUAAUACCAAAUUCUCAAAUAGUGGUCAUUCCUGCUCCUCCAAAUGAUCCUUCACAAUGGAGAGCUCAGUUAUUUGUGACACCAAGUAAGCUAAUUUUAAAAAGUGUGUUUGUACUGACUGCCAUAAUUGUAACUAUUAUAGGUUGUGUGUUAUACUUACAUUGGAAAGAAAGAAAUGAUCGUGAUGAUAUCAUAGAAAUUGAUGAUAACACCUAUGUAAAGAUUUAAGACACGAAAUGUCCAUAGAUAUUAAAUAUGUAUAUCUAGGACGUAUUUAUAAU